AACGUUCAGCCAUUACUCCGCGAUGGUGACUGCGCGAGGUUUCACGUACAAUCUCUCGCGCGUCGAAACUUGGAUUUACAAAGCUCACCUUUGCGCUCAGGUGUCAAAGUAAAGGUGUUCACUGCUCUCCCGCGUGUAUCCCGUCACCGACGUAUCUUCAGUUAGUGACCUGUGAUUUAGUAAAGUAUCAGUACAUUAGUUUUUGGGGGCUGUGUUUGUGUUCAGAUGACGGCGCAGGUAGACUACCUGGUGGUGGUUUUCACCGCCACAUCUGGCGCGAGCGGAGAGCUGCUGGGAUCUGACGAGAAGGAGCUCGUGCAGUUGGUUUGGCAGCUGGUGGAUGUGAAGAACAAAAAGUUGGGCAAGGUGAAUGAGCUCCUUAUUAAGCCUGACCUCUCAGACUCACAGGAGAAAGAGGACGAGGAGGAGGAUGUUGUGGAAGAGAGCGUGGAAGAGGAGCAUGGAUCCAGAGCCGACAGUGUCUUUACAGCCUCAAGUCUUGAGGCAGCAUUGAACCAGUUUCAUCUACAACUGACUAAUGAGGUGAACAGCACGGGCACAGGCACGUCGGUGUGUUUGUGUACAGACGGGCAGCUUCACAUCCGUCAAGUGAUUCACCCUGAGGCUGCCAGCAAGUACAUCCUGGUCCCCGACUGUUUCUUCUCUUUCUUUGACCUGCGUAAAGAGUUCAAGGAGCACUUCCCCACAUCUGACCUCAAGGCUCUGAAUAUACACGAUAUGGCAGAAGCUCUUAGUAUACCUGUGGAUGUUCCUGCUAUGUUGGACCCCUCAGCCACAACGGACCCCUCAGCCACACCGGACCCCUCAGCCACACCGGACCCCUCAGCCACACCGGACCCCUCAGCCACACCGGACCCCUCAACCGCAAUGGAAACCUUAGCAACACCAGACCCCUCAUCAUCACCGGACCCCUCAGCCGUAUUACCUGCAGAGGUAGCAGUACAGCAGGUCCAGACCAUGACCAGCAUUGUCCUUGCGCUGCUUUCUGAGCCAAAUUGCCACACAUUUUCUUGCCAGGAGAGAGUCAGUGAGAAGUUUGAGACAGGCACUUGCAGUAAGAUGGAGAAAGUGUGCGACAACACAGUGAUCAGAGCCAGGGGGUUGCCAUGGCAGUCCUCUGACCAGGACAUUGCUCGCUUCUUCAGGGGACUUAACAUUGCCAAAGGAGGGGCUGCAUUGUGUCUAAAUGCUCAGGGGAGGAGGAAUGGAGAAGCUCUUGUUCGUUUCAUCAGUGAGGAACACAGAGAUCUGGCGCUGAAGAGACACAAACACCAUAUGGGCAGCAGAUAUAUAGAGGUUUAUAAAGCAACAGGGGAGGACUUCCUGAAGAUAGCAGGAGGUACCUCCAAUGAGGUAGCCAUGUUCUUGUCGCGUGAGGACCAGAUCAUAGUGAGGAUGCGAGGGCUUCCUUUCACAGCCACACACGAGCAGGUGCUCAACUUUUUCUCCCCGGAGGAGGGGAUUAAAGAGACUUGUCCAGUCAGUGGAGAGAAAGACGGCAUCCUAUUUGUGCGCUAUCCUGAUGGGCGUCCCACUGGCGACGCCUUUGUUUUAUUUGCCUGUGAGGAGCACGCCCAGUGUGCUCUGAGGAAACACAAAGAAAUCCUGGGGAGGAGAUAUAUCGAGCUGUUUAAAAGCACAGCAGCAGAGGUCCAACAGGUGUUGAACAGGUACUCAUCAGCCCCUCUGAUCUCUGUGGCCCCUGCCCCCCUGGUGUCCAUGUUGCCCUCAGUCCCUCUUCUGCCCCCUCCUGGUGGUUUAAGGGACUGUUUGAGGCUGAGGGGGCUGCCAUACACAGCGAGCAUAGAGGACAUCCUCACCUUCCUGGGCGAGUUUACACAUGAUAUCAGACCACAUGGUGUGCACAUGGUCCUUAACCAGCAGGGUCGCCCAUCAGGUGACUGCUUCAUCCAAAUGACCUCAGCAGAGCGAGCACUUCAGGCCUCACAGCGGCUCCACAAGCAUAUGAUGUCCAGCCAACGCGCCAACAGCCGCUAUGUGGAGGUGUUCCCCUGCAGUGCUGAGGAGAUGGGCCUGGUGCUGAUGGGAGGCUCACUCUCACACACACAUACACUCACACACACCAGGAGUAGGAGUGGGACAGGGCUCAGCCCGCCGCCAUGUAAGUCCAGACGCUUAUCUCCGCCCUCCUACUCCUUCGCCCCUGCUCAUCCUGUCCUGACCACAGAGGCUGCUGCUGCACUCUAUCCUCCCAUGGGUCAGAUGCUGCUGACCCCGCGCCCUAUGCAUACAGGACAUGCCUACUACCCCGCUUCAGCUCAGUUAUACAUGAACUACACAGCCUACUAUCCCAGCCCACCUGGCUCACCUACCACCUUAGGUUUCUACCCCUCCCCCUCCUCCCUCUCCACCCCAGGGGGGUUGGUGCGCAUGCCAAGUCUGACCUACGGCAGCGCCGGAGUCAAGGACCUCAUUAACACAAUGCAGGGUUACCAGUAUGCCCCCGAGGAUGCUCUCAUGCACGCUCACGGGCCUGUGCAUGCUCACGACCCGACCGGGACAUUGCUUACGCAUCCCAAAGAAUGGAGUCCCGCGGAGUCCAUUUCUCUCCUGAACAGCAGUCUGAUCAGUCAGUCCAGCAGAGGUGAUGCUCCUCUCAUGUCCCUCCCCGCUCUCAUGACCAAGCCGGCCGGGCAGUACCUGGACCUGAACCUGCUGUAGAGAUGGAAAUACAUAAAGGUCAUGUGACAAUUUGGCAAACGUCAGUGACUUUUAAUGUUUUUUUAGGCUUUUGAAAAGUAGUCUUUUAGAUGUGAUAUUUAUAUCUUUAAGAACAGAAAUUAAUCUAUUUUGUAACGAAAUCAUUGUGGCCUUAUAGCCAAACAUAGCUGUUUUGUCUUAUAUUGCACAGUCUGUAUUUUAAAAGCUUUAUAGAGAUUUUUUAAACAUGUUAUGAUAUUGUGAUUAAUAUGAUAUAUUUUCUAGCCAAACUAGAGAAGAAUGACUUAGAAUCUGAGCGCAAACCUUUCCUUAAGCUUCUUUUCUUAAGUCUGUGAAGAGAGAACGUGUGUGUGAGUGUGUUUUAGUGUGAAAGAGAUAAAAGUGAGUAUUAUGCAUAGCUGUGUCGAUGCGUCUUUAUACUUAAAUCUGUUAAUGCAAAACACUGUGUUUAUAUACAUUUGAUACAGUAUACAGUGAUUGUAUUGGAAGCUUUAGUGCAUGAUGAAGUAAGUAGUUAAACUUUAAGAUGUUUACAGUAUGCCAAAUAUCAAUGCACUGUUAAUAAACAAGACUACUAAUGUAUAUCAUAGCAGUAUCUUUGUUACACUGUGAGUUUGUCAGUAGUCUAAUCCUCGCAUCAGGUUUCACUUACAAAAAUGUGACAUCUCACACCUACCCCUACUUUCCCUCCUUUAUAUGUCAUGUGUACAUGUUGUGUAAUGCCAGUGUUGUCUUGCCUUUUGUUUUCGACCAACAUCUGAACAGAGGACCGUCCUGGCUCUUUGUAACCUGACCAGAGUUACCAUCAUUAAGAGGACUCGUGUCACAAGCUCAAAGUUAACUGAGUGAAUCUGAGCAGCCAAAGGGGGUUUCUAAAAGAUUUUAUUACACAUUUUGCUCCACAGAGUCUUACAUGUCCAUCACACUUCUCUUGCCUUCUCUCUACCAUCUAUGCUGGAUUAAUGCAGCGAGGUAAACAUGCUCCCUGUAGAAAUCCCUUUGUCAUUUGUCUUAUAAAUUAAAUCAUCUUCAGAUUAGAGGGACAGUUGAAAAGGAAAGGUAAUGAAGCCACCUCUGACAUAUAUCUUGUGAAUUGUUGUUUGUGACCUCCAAAGUUGCUGUAAACAUGUCAUACUGUAGGACUUCCUGCUGCUCAGGACAUCCUGCUAUGGCCAUGCUGAAAAAAAACAACAACAAAAAAACAAGAACAAUAAACAUAACGUGAAGUCUGCCAUCCUUCACCUGUUUGAUUUCA